AUGAAGUUAAUUUUAUUAUUAUUUCUUCUUCAAACUAUAAGAAUGGAAAGUGAAAACGAUUUUUUAGACAUAAAUCUAAAAAGUAAAAAUAUAACGAUAGAAAAUUGUAUUUGUGUCCCAUAUUGGCAAUGUAAAGAAGAUUUCAGUGGUUUGAUUGAAGAUGGGUUAAACAUCAUCGAUAUUAGAAUUACAAAACCAACAAAUUUAGACCCAUGUAAAGGAGAUUUCGAUGUAUGUUGUCAAGUUGAAUGCGGAAGAAGAAACACAAAUCUGCCAACAUCCUUCCAAAACGACACAUGGAAAUCACGAAUAUUAGGUGAAAAUAACGAGGCUGAUUUUGCAGAGUUUCCUUGGAUGUUGGGAAUAAUCCAACGCAACAUAUUUUUAUGUGGGGGUUCUUUAAUCCAUCCAAAAGUAGUGAUAACAGCCGCUCAUUGUGUUGUAGAAGAUGAAACUUACAUUGUAAGAGCUGGAGAGUGGAAUUGGGCAACUAAAAGUGAACCUUUACCCUAUCAAGAAAGAACAUCAGAAAAAGUACUUAAUUAAUUUAAUAUAUUCUUAUUUAAAUAAUUAAAUUUUAGAUUAUUGUCCAUACAAAAUAUCGCCCAGAAAAUUUAGAAAACGACAUCGCUUUGAUU